GUUUGGAAACCAGACAGACCGCUCUUAAUUUGUCUUUCCACAACAAGUAAACCCAUAAGUAAGCAUCUUUUGAUUUGCGUGAGUUCACGAGCGAGUCCAGCCAUAUCAGAAACUUAUGUGUGGGGGGCUGCUGCUACGCUGAGCCGUGUCUGUCAGCAGUAACGUUAGGAGGUUGGAGGGACCGUGUCAAGACGGAGACUGGGAGAAGAACCCCGGAAAGGAGCAGUUUCAGUCAGCCUGGUCAAUACAAAAUAUUUUAGAGGAAGCUCACGGUCGCACCACUGCCUGUUUUCAAGAUAACGUUAGUACCAGCCUUGUUGUUCAAACUUGCAACAUCAGCAGCGAACUAACUAGUUAGCUAUUGUAUAGCCUAUCGUGCCAGCCGGCUGGCCCUAGCUAGGUGUACGAGCAAUAGCGGCUAAUCUAGUUUAGCUAGCUAGCUGUUGGCAGCCUGGCUACUCGGGAAGAACUUCCAAUAUGAGGUUAAAAGUGGGGUUCAUUCUGCGAGGUUUGCUUGUCAUUGGGACUUUUCUUGGUUUGGUGGUGCUCUGGUCAUCUCUGUCGCCGAAGCCCAACGAUGAAAACCCAUUUGGAAAACGGGAUGACAGUGUGCUGCCUAAAGGCGACCUAGUAGAUCAGUUUAAGCCUGUGGUGCCCUGGCCUCAUGUGGAAGGGGUGGAGGUCGACCUCAACUCCAUCAGACUCAAACAUGGAGGGGCCAACCAUCCCCAGAAACCUGACCAGCAGCCCAACCAAAAGCAGGUGAUCCAGCAGCAGUAUGUGACAUUCAAACCCCACACACAAGCCUACACCAGCCCCGUCCUGAAGAAAGGUAUCCUGGGAAACUUUGAGCCCAAGGAACCUGAGCCUCAAGGGGUCCACGGCGGUCCUGGAGAGGGAGCCAAGCCCUUUGUCCUGGGUCCAGAGUACAAAGACGCCAUCCAGUCUUCCAUCAAAGAGUUUGGCUUUAACAUGGUGGCUAGUGACAUGAUCUCACUGGACAGAACCAUUAGUGACAUACGCCAUGAAGAGUGUAAGUACUGGCAUUAUGAUGACAGACUGAUGACCUCUAGUGUGGUGAUAGUCUUCCAUAAUGAAGGCUGGUCUACACUGAUGAGAACCAUCCACAGUGUCAUCAAGAGGACUCCCAGGAAAUACCUGGCUGAGAUUGUCAUGAUAGAUGACUUCAGCAACAAAGCCCAUCUCAAGGAACGUUUGGAGGACUACAUCAAGCAAUGGAACGGUCUUGUAAAACUCUUCAGAAAUGAGAAGAGAGAAGGACUGAUCCAGGCCAGGAGUAUAGGAGCCCAUAAGGCCACAAAAGGACAGGUGCUAAUCUACCUGGAUGCUCAUUGUGAGGUUGGAAUCAACUGGUAUGCUCCACUGGUUGCUCCUAUUUCAAAAGACAGGACAGCAUGUACAGUACCACUGAUAGACUAUAUAGAUGGUAAUGAGUACACUAUGGAGCCCCAGCAGGGUGGAGAUGAGGACGGCCUGGCUAGAGGAGCAUGGGAUUGGAGCCUGCUCUGGAAGAGAGUACCGCUUAGCCAGAGAGAGAAGGCCAAGAGAAAACAUACCACCCAGCCGUACCGGUCUCCAGCCAUGGCAGGUGGUCUCUUUGCUAUAGAGAGAGACUUCUUCUUUGAGCUGGGUCUGUAUGACCCUGGACUACAGAUAUGGGGAGGAGAAAAUUUUGAAAUAUCAUACAAGAUAUGGCAGUGUGGUGGGCAGCUGCUCUUUGUACCCUGUUCUCGUGUCGGACAUAUCUACAGACUUCAGGGAUGGCAAGGGAACCCUCCACCUGCACAUGUCGGAUCGUCCCCUACUCUGAAGAACUAUGUUCGUGUGGUAGAGGUAUGGUGGGAUGAAUAUAAGGACUACUUCUAUGCCAGUCGUCCUGAAACUCUCACCCUAGCCUACGGAGACAUCAGCCAGCUUAAGCGCUUCAGGGAGGAACAUCGAUGCAAGAGCUUUAAGUGGUUCAUGGAGGAAAUAGCGUAUGACAUUCCACUGCACUACCCUCUGCCUCCAAAAAAUGUAGAAUGGGGAGAGAUUCGAGGCUUUGAGACAAGUUACUGUAUUGACAGUAUGGGACAUACCAAUGGAGGCAAUGUGGAAAUAGGACCGUGCCACAGGAUGGGGGGUAACCAGUUGUUCCGUAUCAAUGAAGCCAACCAGUUGAUGCAGUAUGACCAGUGCCUGACUAGAGGAAGUGAUAAUUCAGCGGUCAUCGUCACACACUGUGAUCAGAACCAGAACACUGAGUGGAAAUACUUUAAGGAUCUCCAUCGAUUCACUCAUGUACCAACAGGGAAAUGUCUGGACCGCUCCGACCUGCUCCACAAAGUCUUCAUAUCAGACUGUGACAACAGUAAAACCACCCAGAAAUGGGAGAUGAACAACAUAGUGGCUGUCUGAAGACUGAACCACUUGCACAUAGAAAACCACUGGAAGCUUAGAGAGAAACAUGGUGACUGACGACACACACACACACACAAACACACACCACUAAAUACAUUUAUACUACAAGUUUACAGAUAUAUCAAGCUGAUACUGUCCUUUAAAGAAAAAUACUUUUUUUUUUAAUGAGCCAGUUAAGUAUCAGUGCACCUCCAACAUGAGGGAGUUAAAAUGUCCCCAUUGAAAGACACUGAGUAUCGACUAUUAACAAUUUCAACCCAAAAGUGGGUUGGUACUGUUGGUUCAUACACUCCCGCAUUCUACAGACACAUAGACACUCCAGGUGACUCCAGGUGGUUGGUAUGGAGGCUGAAGCUACUGGUCCUCCAAUUGUCCUGUUGGAUAAACACUGAACUAAGACAUAGUAGACUCCGUCUCUGUCCUUCUGUUUUCUGUCGCUGUCCUUCAUAGUGGUUUUGUUUACACUGUCUAUUUGUUCUUUUCAACCACUAAAUUGAUUAAUGAAAUGAGUCACAUCAACUCUGACUAUUGAAGAGUCUCGCUCUUAUUAGACCUUUUCAAUCAACCAAGGAGUCCUUUUUAGUGGUGGAGGAUUCUAUGAAACAUCAGUGUGUUUUACUAGGUGUUUUAACCAAGUCUGUACAUACGCUGGGGACAUAAAAUGGCUUCCGGGUUGGAAUAGUUAGUUAAAAUAGGAUGUCAAAAACUAAGCAUUUAUUGGAUAUAUUAAAGAAAGAAUAGUCAGAUGAGCCAAGUCUGUUCAUAGAGCAAUCAUCCUUGCAUGUAUGGAACAAUCAACAUGUAAAGAGUAUUUCUCAGCUUGGUCAUCUGCUUCACCAAUAGGCCAAUUUUGUAAUGUCAGCCAAAAUACGUACAAACCUUGUUCUGGGGCCGGGGAGAGGCCGUGCCCAGAUGCCAAUGAGAUGUAAGCAAAGCUCCAACAGGCACAUAGUAAAUAGGCUGGACACUGACAUAUUCUAGUAUUGAAUUGUACUAUUUCUUCACAUUUGCACUCCGGAGUCUGUGAAAGGCAUUCUUAACAUCCCUGAUUAAAGAUGCCACCAAACUUUCAAAAGUAUGGCUAUACUACACGCCUGUGGCGUAAAAUGCGGAAGGAUUAUUUCAGAUGAAGUAUUCUAUGGGUAUUGGUACUGGUAUCAUCAAUUUUUUUUAAAGAUACCCAGCCCUACAAGCAAUGCUUGAGUCCUACAUAAAGCUUCAUUCAUCUCAAGUCCAUUCCUGCAAUGCCAUUGAAAGAGGAAGCUCUCAAAUGCACAAUAGCAUGAAUAAAAGUAACUUGUCUUUAUUUUGUUCAAUUUCAUUAGUUGCCUUUCACUUCUAUUAGUUUUCCAUUGGUUUGAAUUCCUUUUCAUCAACUUUUACAAACACAGAGAUGCUUAGUGUUACUUAAACAUGUUGAGGAGAGCACGUCUUUAAGAACAGUAAUUUGACUGACAAAGGACUUAUGAACUGCCUGCCUUACUAACAGCCUUGAUGAUAAUUCAGUAGCUGACCAGUAAUCUGUGACAUAGUUACUGUCUGUUUGAUAGGGCUAGGCGAUAUGGAGAAAAUCAAAUAUGCCGAUAUUUUUUACCAAAUACAUCAAUAUCGAUAUUGUGGCGAUAUUGUAGGGUUGAACGUUUGUGCUUUCACAAAAUAUGCACACAAUAAGAUUUUUGAUAAAUAAUCAUUAGCUAUGUUGAUAUAAUAACUAUGUGAGUAACUGCAAAUAAAAAAACAGAACAGUCUAGUGUGUUCAUAAAAUUACGUCACUCUACUGUAAUGCAGCCUUUAAAACCAGGAAAAGACAACACUUCAUAUCAGGAUAUUACGAUAUCCAAAAUUUAAGACGAUAUCUUGCCACAUAUAUCGAUAUCGAUAUGAUAGCGAUGUAUUGCCCAGCCCUACUGUCUGAAAAUAAAAAUAUCACUCUGGGUUGUUUGGCUGGGGAUUAAUACUUGUGAGAAAUACACAACUUCUGUUGUGGAAAACAAGAAGAAGAACAUGUGGGUUUUUUGGUUUGUUUUUGCAAGGGAAAGAGGGUUUGGUGUAUAGGUGAUCAUGGAUGCAAUGUUUUGUACAAUGUAAAUAUAUUUUUUUGUUAAGAUCAUGAUGUAUUUUGUGAAGGGCCUUGAAUGAUGUAAAUAUCUAACUUAUAGCAGAAAUUUAAUAAUAUGGGCUAAACAGUGGGUGAUUGAGCAAAUAAAAGACCUGAUUUUUACUAC